ACGUUUAUAGGCGGUGCGUUCGGAAGGCUGACGGAAAUGCUGUUUGGUGUUGCGGAAGUGCGAAGUGGAAGGUUGUGAUGGCGGCUGCGACUCAAUUUGAGGCGGUGCCGGUGGACCUCGCGGAGGAGGAGCAGCCCCUCACGGCUACGGAGGAGCUGGCGGCCCAGAAGCGCGAACAGCGACUGCGCAAAUUCCGGGAGUUGCACCUGAAGCGGAAUGAAGCUCGCAAAUUAAAUCACCAGGAAGUUGUGGAGGAAGAUAAAAGGCUUAAGUUACCUGCGAAUUGGGAAGCCAAAAAAGCCCGUUUGGAAUGGGAAUUGCGGGAAGAAGAAAAGAAAAAGGAAUGUGCAGCAAAAGGGGAAGACUAUGAGAAAGUGAAGUUGCUGGAGAUCAGUGCAGAAGAUGCAGAAAGAUGGGAGAGGAAGAAGAAGAGGAAAAACCCCGAUCUGGGGUUUUCAGAUUAUGCUGCUGCCCAGUUACGGCAGUAUCACCGGUUGACUAAACAGAUCAAACCUGACAUGGAGACGUAUGAGAGAAUGAGAGAAAAGCAUGGAGAAGAGUUUUUCCCAACAUCUAACAGUCUUAUUCAUGGAACACAUGUGCCUUCCACAGAGGAAAUUGAUAGGAUGGUCAUAGAUCUGGAAAAACAAAUUGAAAAACGAGACAAAUAUAGCCGGAGACGUCCUUAUAAUGAUGAUGCAGAUAUCGACUACAUUAAUGAGAGGAAUGCCAAAUUCAACAAGAAGGCAGAGAGAUUCUAUGGGAAAUACACAGCUGAAAUUAAACAAAACCUGGAAAGAGGGACAGCUGUCUAAUCUCCUGCAGGAACUGUUUUUAGAAGCUGGGGAAUGGAGUGGAACGUUCUGCUAACAAAUCGAAGGUUUCUUCAGAAUUCUCCUAGUCAACCAGGACUCAACCUAUGCCUUCCCACUCAGCGUUUAGAAAUAAAUGUUUUUUUUUUUUCUUAAACAUAUACUUCCAUGUAUAUUUCCAUAUUUUUGUGCUUGGAUAUAAGAUGUAUUUCUUGUAGUGUACUUGUUUUGUAAAAAUCUACUUUGUAUAAAUUCUAAUUACAUUAUUUUUCUAUGUAUUUUAAAUGUGUAUGACUUUAAUCUUUGAAGCCUUACAGGUUUAAGAUUACUCAAAGUAUAUGGAAAUGUAGUCAUUGUUGCCAUGAAUAUGAGAUUGACAAAAUCUAUAGUUGGACCCAGGAACCAUUUGGGGUUGUAGACUCCCAUGCUGUGGACAGUGCUGGGAAAGGUCGCAGCAGCCACUGAGGGGUUGAUACAGUCUAUACACACAGCUGCUUAUGACUGAGUUUAGGGAGCAGCAGAACUAGCUCCCCAUGGCUUUUGUCCAUGUACAAUUCCUUUUUAAAAAUCAAAUAUCCUUUGGAGUAGGAUCUCUGCUGAACACUUUGUUUCAUUUAAAAUAUUUGUGCAUUUGCACAUAUAUGCCCGUAAAGACUUAAAAAAAAAUCACAAUACUAUUACCCCAGCGUUAGUCUUAUUUAGUAAAAAGUCCACAGACAUUUUUUUCUACAUGCUGUUUAAAAUGCUAAAUUUUCAUUCCACAGAUUUUUUUUUUUUAUGGAAAAAUUCAUAUGUAGUCAAAAGAAGACAGAAUAAUUCAGUGAACUCCAUAUACCCAGUCUUGUUUUACCUUUAUACCUAUCCAUUUGCCCCUCCAUGACAUCAUGUUACUUUGAAGCAAAUAUUGGAUGUAUAGUUUUAUCUACAAAUACUUCAGCAAGUGUCCCUAAAAGGUUGUUGUUAGUGCCGUCGAGUUGGUUCUGACUCUGACCCUACGUACAACAGAACGAAACGCUGCCCAGUCCUGUGCCAUCCUUAAAAUUGUUAAGCGUGUCAGCCCACCUCGUUAAGGGUCUUCCUCUUUUCUGCUGACCCUGUACUCUGCCAAGCAUGAUGUCCUUCUCCAGCGACUGAUCCCUCCUGACAACAUGUCCGAAGUAUGUAAGACGCAGUCUCGCCAUCCUUGCUUCUAAGGAGCAUUCUGACUGUACUUCUUCUAAGACAGAUUUGUUUGUUCUUUUGGCAGUCCAUGGUGUAUUCAAUAUUCUUUGCCAACACGACAAUCCAAAGAAAUCAAUUCUUCGGUCUUCCUUAUUUAUUGUCCAGCUUUCACAUGCAUAUAUGGAAAAUACAAUGGCUUGGGUCAGGCGCACCUUAGUCUUCAAGGUGACAUCUUUGCUUUUCCUCUAAAAGGUAAAGACUUAAAAAAGUCUCUAGAAAGUAAAAACUUAAAAAAAAUAUUAUCACAGCAAUAGUUUUAAUAAGUACAAACAGAAAGGGAGACAUUUUUUUUCUACUUGCUGAUUAAAAGGUCAAAUACUUAAGAGACAUUUGAAAUACAGAGAAAAUUUCACAAAUACCUCAGCAUUAGUUUUAAAGAAGACAACAUUUAAUACCACUGGUAAUUUUUUAAAAUUUAUGUAGCACUUUGUUUUCUGCUCUCAUUUUGUUUCCAUUUCUAGCAUUUCUGUGUGUAGUUAAUCGUUGGUCUGGUCACAAGAUCUUGAUGCUACCUUUGAAAAAUUUGUGCUAUUCCCGCUACCUUGAAGUUUUUCUUUAACAGAAUACUGCAAUAGCCUAAAAAACAAAAACAUCCAAUAGAACUUGACAGUAUUUUUAAAAGAAUCACUAUGACUCAGCAGCAUUUAUUCUAGGAAUUCAAGCAUAGCUUGUUGUAGACUCUUAGUUGCCUACCCAUAUCAAUUCUUUCUACAUUACCAGCUAGAACCCUGACAUUUUUUGUGAAUUUAUGGUAAUAUUUCUUGCUAAACACAUGCUUCCCCAGACUACUGUUACAGUCAGAAUUGUUAUAAUGUUAAAAUUGUUACAAAUGUUAUAAUUCUGGCUAAUAAGACACCAGCUGAAUUUAUUUUGAGAAAUAUUUGGUUUCCUGAUACAGGAGUUGCCACUCUGUUUCCCUCUUCCUUCUUGCCUGUGGCACAUAAAGGUGGCGUGGAGCUGUAGCAGCCAUUUCGUGCCAUGAAGUAACAAGCAUGAGGACAAGAGCUGGGAUGGGUGGAGCAGUGCUUGGGUUGUUGGCAUUGCUGAGCAGCUGCACCAGCCCUAGAUACUCAUUACUUGCUGGGUAAAUUCAGAA